AGAAUAAAGAACCCCACUGUUUUAUUUAUUUAUUUAUUUUUAAACUAAGCAUAAAAGAGGGUUAAAAAAAAUGAUGGAGAGGUGGCCCAAAUCGCCAAGCCACUCACAUCUGCUGCAGAGUGCAAGAACAUUGUGGAGACACAUGGUUUUAAAAAGAUAGCACUCAUACUUGGAAAGAGGACGUCUAUCUGCCAGAGGCACCACAGACACCACACUGACAGAGUGGCAGAAAAAGAGGGAGAGAGUUUGAGAGAAUGACGGUGGCUGUGUGUGUGAAAAAAGGCGGAGGAAUGUAUUCCACUGUCAUACUCACUUCUUUUCUUUUCUCCCUCCAUGCAAGUUGCACUCCUGCACAGUUCCAUGGUCAUCAUGGGCGGAGAGUAUGUGUUGGGAAAGCCAACAGAGUUGUGACCAGUACAGAAUCUUUCCUCCAGCCAGUACACAAACCGUACCUCACCAUGUGUCUAAACCAACGCAUCUGUAGCACAUACAAGACAGUGUAUAAAGUCUCCUACAGACAGGUGAGUCGGCUAGAGCUGAGCUCCCACAUUUACCCAGAAUGCUGUCCAGGAUGGAGACGUGUCCACUCGCUCAGCUGUAAUCACGGUAAUACACCCAAAGACACUAAAAUGCCUUGGCUACACUUAUAUAGAUAUGUUGGAAAACAUUGUUUUCUUGUUUUUACUGCAGCAAAUCAGCUACCUAUAUUUUGUAAAGUGUGUGUUUGUGCCGGUGUGUACGUUUAUGUUUCUACAGCGGUGUGUGUGCAGGCAUGUCUUAAUGGUGGAUCCUGCACGAGGCCAAAUCACUGUGCAUGUCCAGUUGGCUGGACAGGACGCUACUGCCAGAUAGAUGUGGAUGAGUGUAAAGGGGCACAUGGUUGCAGUCAACAGUGCAUGAAUUCUGCAGGAAGUUAUCAGUGUGUGUGUGCUGACGGAUUCCAUCUGGCUGAAGACAGAAAAUCUUGUCUAAGCCGUUGUCCUCUUCCUCCUCGUGCAACAGUAGAGAGCCAACAUGAAGUAGACAAUCACCUAUCCACAAAUAACAAUAGAGAUGGAGAUGCUGGACAGGUGGCAAAUGUUACAGAAGAGGUCCAGAUUCUCAGAAAUCGAGUACAGCUGCUGGAACAGAAAUUGGAGAUGGUCCUCGCACCAUUUUCCACUCUCUUUCCACCGGAGGAGGAUAUAGACAACAGAAAUGGUAUCCUGUUGGACAGGACAGAUUUCCUGUCAGACCAGACCAACUUCCUGACACACUCGCUGCGGCAGCUGGACAGAAUAGACUCUCUCAGCGAGCAGGUCAGCUUCCUGGAGGAGCGCCUUGGAUCAUGUGAGUGUGAGCUAUGGCUCUUGCCAGGAAAACUAGAUGAUCAGUAACAACAAGGCACAUCUGCAACCUACAACUGAACACAGCCUGCCUUCAGCUUCAGGAGAAAGAACAGUUACAGUAACCAGUGGUCACUUGACAGCUUUGUCUUUAAAUAACCUGUAAGACAAAAAGUAUGUGGACACCUCAUCAUCACACUCAUAUGAGCUUGUGAACCCAUGCACCAUCUCCUGGACAGCCUCCAUUCUUCUGGGAAUUCUUUCUUCAUGAUUUUGGAGUGUGGCUGUUUGUGCUCAUUCAGUCAAAAAAACAUCUGUGAGCUUGAGCACUGAUGUAGGAUGAGGAGGCUUGGCUUGCAAUCAACAUUCCAAAGGUAUUCAUUGGGGUUUGUGAGCAGGGGCACAGUAAAACUGAAAUAUGUAAUAGGUCUUUCCUAAAUUGUUGCCUGAAAGUUUAAAGCAGAAAUUAUGCUGUCUCUUAAAUAAUACAAUUAAUUGAAUCUAAGUGGCUUAGCCCAAACCCUGAAAACCAGCCCUGUCAUACCUCCUCUAACAAACGUUAUGAUUGGUACUAUGCCUUGUACAUAGUGCUCUUAGGCUUGUGUUGAGUUCUUGCAUGGUCUACAAAUUUCUGGCUAAGUUGAAGCAUCGGAGCUGUGCCUGGAUGCUUCUGUUUCAAAAUAAUAGCACUUCAUUUCACUAGUGCAGACAGGGCAGAAAUUUCAUGAACUGACUUGUGGCAGAGGUGCCAUGGUCAAUAAGCUCUUCAAUAUGACCCAAUUUAAUGUUCCAUGGUUGUCUAUGGAUGUUGCUUGGCUAUACACUAUGAACUAGUACUUAGGAGUGAUGUCUAUAUACUUUAACCCAGAUAAUGUAAAUCUAUUAGCCUCCAAUCAUGUGAAUCGUGAAUCUAUUCAUUCCCCAGCUGCUGCGCGCGGGAAAAACUUCUCCCAGAACAGAACCAUCCCGCCAACACUAACUAUGCUCUCAGCCUUCAUUUACGAAGUGGUCCUGACUGAACUAUAUUUGUGAUGUGACUUACAUUAUAGUAGCUAUAAACAUUCUAUUCCAUCACCAUUUUAUUCCUUUUUUCCUUUUAAUAAGACAAAAAAUGCAGCUUGUCAUGAUCCAGAAAAAAAAGAAAAUGCAACUCCUUUAUCCUUAAGACCCUCCUUUUGCAGAAAACUUACCACAUUACCUUCCACUGUUAUAAAUCACUGACACUGGAGACUCCUCAAUACGUUAACUGAAAUUUCACUGAAAGCCUGUUAUUACGUUUAAUAUUUACAUUAAAAUGAGCAAUCUAUCCAUUCUCUACACUGUUUAUUUUAUAAGGUAACAGGGAAACUAGAGCCUAUCCCAGGAGACUUGGUGCAGGAGGCAGGGUACACACACACACACACCAGCCUACAAUUCAUGUCUUUGAACUGGUGGAGGAGAAAAGAGUACCAGCAGAACAUACAAACUCCACACCCGUUGCAGGUGUAAGGGAAACCAUAGUGUGAGGUGUGAGGCAAACCCUGCUAACCACCAAGCCACCAUAACCCCAACAAAUAAAUAGAAUUCUAUAAAAAAUAUUCUGAUCUUACUUUCAGUGCUCUUGCAGAUCAGACAUUUAUUCGAACCCUCUGAUAAGCCAGAAUUGAAAAUCCAACAGUAUGGUGAUGUAAAGGAUGCAUGGGGUUUCUAUUGGCUUUGAGAAAAACCAUAUUAAUACCACUAUGAGCCAAGUAUUUUCUGCAAAAGCAAAAUACUCAGGACUCAAUACUUACAAACUUCUAUUGGCAACUAUUUUUGUAAGCGAUGUUUGUCAUUUUUAUACGCAACAUUUUCUUUUUUCAUUCAUGUGACAGAAUCCAGCUGUACUAUGUGAGUGAAUUACUAUUUUUAUUAGAAUGAUGAAGUGCUUCUUGGUGAAUCAAUAACAGCAUGCCUAUUCAUUUAUUGUGUUUUACUUUAUCAUCUUUUAUGCCACAGAUGUUUGUAAUAAAGUCUGUUUGUUAUUUAGAAGA